UAAAUCAGCUGAGCAGCAAAGUCGAGCGAAAGAUAAAUAAAUAACACUACUGUCAAAACGGAUCCACAAGAUCAGAAAGGUUUAACGUUAUACUGUAAAGGCCUAAUAACUUUAGAGACGCAGCGUUAGCUGUAACGCCUGUUUUGCUUUACAUGCAACAGGUGCACAGAAUCAUCAUGUUUCCAUUGUUCUUGCGUAGCUGUAGCGUUAGUUGUAUAACUAAUCCAAAGCAUGAAGUUAAAAAAACAUUUGUUUGAGUAAGUAUGGUUAACUAGCACGGUUCUUAAAACACAGCUUUGCCUUUGUCGGGUGAUAAUAUAACCCAAUAAAACAACUUGUAACGAUAAAUGCUACCUGAGCUUCUCGAAAUAUUCAGCUAAAGUUAGAUAACUAGCCAACGUCAGUGAGUCAGCUAGCUACUGUCAGUAGUACCAUACUGUGCUAUCUUGUUGUUAGCUAGUUAAUAACGUAAGCUGUUGCGAUACAUAAACUUAUUGGCUAGCAUAGCAUUAGCAUGUUGUUGUUGUUUUUUUGCUUAUUACAAGAUUAAACGAGUUUAUCACUUGAAUAGUAAGACUCUCUUGUCGCUUAAGUUCAAAGUUAUCAGUUCAACUACUUUUAAAGACGAAAACAAGUCUUACCGGUACGAAAUCACACGAGUUGGAUCUUGGACGACACAGUCGUCGGAUGUGUCGCUUUAAAAACCUUUUGAUGUCACAUGAUGGGAGUGUGGGCGUGUUGACAACGUUCAACAUGGCGUCUCACGGUAGUUGGCUGUUCUGUUUACGGACUCUAUCGUUGAGCAUCUUCUUUGACUGCACGUAUUGCCAUUUUCACCGUGUUCUCGGAAAUGAUGUCGAUAGCUGUAAAAGUCUACGCUUGGGACAGUAUCUUUGCAAAGAACCACGGAUAGAUGAUGCCACUCAAGAACCUGCGAACUGCAAGGACAUGACAGCUUGGGUGGAAUGCCUACCUGCUCCGAAUGUCAGCUGCCGCUUGUCCAAUGGGACAGAGUUUCGGUUCAGCGGAGAGGAAGUGGGCUUCAACCAGAGCAUCCCCUGCAGGAAUGUGAGUGGUUACUCCUACAAAAUAGCAGUGGCCUUGUCCCUCUUCCUGGGGUGGUUAGGUGCUGAUCGCUUCUACCUGGGAUACCCAGCUUUAGGGCUGCUCAAGUUCUGCACUGUGGGCUUCUGUGGGAUUGGGAGCUUGGUGGAUUUCAUGUUGAUCUCAAUGCAGAUAGUGGGUCCAUCGGAUAAGUCUGACUACAUAGUGGACUACUACGGUGCCAGACUCACACGCCUCUCCAUCACCAACGACACCUAUAGAAGAACCCAGAUCUCACCCUGAGGGUGGGUACACGAGUAUAGCAUGUUAGACACGCCGCACCGGGGUACACGGAUGAAUCUCAAGUCUAUAGCAUGUUAGUUCGAGACAACAAGCUUUGGCAAGUCAUUCACUGUGUAAUUGUGGAAACCCAGAACAAACAUGUCAUGUCACUGCAUCCGCUACCAUUUACAUGUUAUGAAGUCUGUCCACGAGAGAUGAGCCACUUUAACAGUUUGCACAUCUUUUGACCUAACGGUGUACAUACACGACAUGACCAAAAGUAUUUGGACACUUAUUCGUCGAACAUCUCAUUCUAAAAUCAUGAGUUGGUCCCCCUUUUGCUGCAAGAGCAGCCCUCACUCUUCUGGGAAGGCUUUUCACUAGAUGUUGGAACAUUGCUGCAGGGACUUGCUUCCAUUCAGCCACAAGAGCAUUAGUGAGGUCGGGCACUGAUGUUGGGGCAUUUAGGCCUGGCUCGCAGUCGGCAUUCCAAUUCAUCCCAAAGGUAUUCGAUGGGGUUGAGGUCAGGGUUUUGUGCAGGCCAGUCAAGAUCUUCCACACCGAUCGCGACAAACCAUUUCUGUAUGGACCUUGCUUUUUGCACGGAGGCAUUGUCCUGCUGAAACAGGAAAGGGCGAGAUUUCAUGGCUGUGUGUUUAAUUUGAUACACCUGUCAGCAACGUGGUGUGGCUGAAAUAGCCGAUUCCACUCAUUUGAAGGGGUGUCCACAUACUUUUGUAUAUAUUGUCAUUUUGAAUGUCCACUUAUUACAUCUGCAUGACAUUCUUAUUACAGCUGUAUGACAUUCAAAAUGAUAUGUACAUGAGCCCACACUGUACAGUCUGCUAGGUAUCACAUGAGAAUUUAACACGGACUCUAUCAAAUAUAUAAGUUCAACAACAAAAUACUGCAUGCAACCUCUUUUCUGUCGUUUCAGGGCGAAAGUGAAAAACAACAACAUGCUGUCUGAAUGCUGUCGUUUUAAAUUAUGCCCCUCUUUUGGCAUCUUAUUUUUCACCUGACCAGCACAUACGAACUAUUCCGAGUCCACUUCUCCUGUCUGCAUGUACCCCCAAUGUCAGGAGUAGAGCCUGUGAAGCGAGACUUAGUCUCUCCUUGCUUCUUUGUCCUUCAUUCCUUGUCUUCUCCUCAAAAUGCAUUUGAACAAUUGGAUACCACCAAAUUGGGGAGAAAGGGGUCAAAUAAAAAAUGUAAAUAAAAAAAUGCAUUUGAACAUCAAAUCUGAGGAGAUGAGGAUACGAGGAAACAAGGAAAGACUUGAGAUUCACCCGUGGCCACAAGCUCAUUUUCCGGAGGGUUACAGUACAGGCUUUUGUUCCAACACAACAUUAGCCACACCGUGUAGCUCUCCAGUACCAGUUCCAGUGGGUUGAUGACCACCACCAUAGCGCUUCAAGUCAUCGUUGUUAUACUCUUAUGAGAAUCUAGAAUCUGCACUGAGAACGGUGUACUGUAAACAUAAUGUCAUCUGUGGUUUUUGAGUAUGUCUGGCAGCAAGGGAACUAAGUCAUACAGUACAAUGUCUUUUUGCUUUCAUUUUGUCAUGAGAUUUUUGUAAAUAAAGAGAUCAUUUAAUGAA